AUGCAUGCAGGAGGGCCUUGCGAUUGCCUGGCCACCAGCAUCCCCAACUUGGGUCACCUUGGAGAGGCCCCUGGUGAUGCUGACGCUGAUUCAGUCGUGCCUCAACUGGCAGCCGAUGGCCCCGGCAACCCAAAGAGGAGGAAGAUCAAGAUCCUGCAGAAGUUCUGCAAGCAGCUGUCGGUGAAGUGCGACUCCAUCUCCUACUCGGUGACGCCAGAUACAGAGGAUGACAAUGGCGAGGCCAAGAUUGGUUUCUACGGAGAUGUGAAGCACGUUAUCGCCGGGAACGCUCCUGCCGACCUGUUGCAGAAGGCCAUCGAUGCGCGGACAUUCCGCUACGCGUUCGAGGCUGCGACGGUCGCGCCCGUGGGAGACGACAGUGCCCAUGGGGAGAUGGUUGCAUUCAAUGGCGUCUGCUAUAUCCGUUCCACGCGCCUGGGCACCGACGAGUAUUACAAAACAGUCAGUGGAACUCACAUGAGGUGUCCAGCCGUCGGCAUGGUGUCGCCCGCCAACGCCGUCCCGCACGCCAGAGCUGCGACAUUUCAUGGUGGCAUGACCUUCACAUCAGCUGUGAACGACAUCUUCGCGACUGUCAAGAAGGGGUGCGACGCUCCCGCUGUGGCAUUCGGCGGUAUCGUCCAGUUCCACAAGCUAGUGGGGGAGGACAUAUUCAAACACAAGGAGAAGUACUAUCCCUUCCCGCCCUCCGUUCUCUUCGACAAGCGCUGUGUCGUAUUCGGCAUGGUCGGCGACAUGGAUGACGCGGAGAAAAAGGGCGUGAAGAAUUUGGACAGGGUACUGUACAAAGGUGCGUCCGGCACAGCGGGUGCGGGCGCCGCGACCGACCUGACUCUGCACGCGCACGUGGCCGUGCUGCACCCGGCCUGCACGGCCAGGACAGCGCAGGAGGUUCGGCCCGAGGACGUGACGGACUGCUACCACCUCGAUUUCUCCAGCAUCGUGGGUCAUUUCGAGCUGGAGCUGUGGGCCAUCCAGAGCUCGCUGGAGGAGCAUCCCACGGUGCAGGGCCCGACUGCAAUCGGGCAAAGCUUGGGCACUCCAGUCUCGCCGCUGCGCUGCAACUGCUCAGAGUGGAUUUGCAACGCCCUUGCUGACGCUGGCGUGACUCACGUGUUCGGCGGCCAUGGCGGCGCAUUGGCGCCGUUGGUGAACGCGGUCGUAAGGCACCCAAGGCUCGAGUGGGUGGUGGUUCGCAACGAGGCCAACGCAUCGCUCAUGGCCGCUGCUUACGGCAAGCUGACAGGUAAGCUGGGCUGCUGCAUCGCCACAUCAGGCCCGGGCGCGACGAACCUCACCACUGGCCUCUUCGACGCCAUGCUGGACCAGGUCGCAAUGAUAGCCCUCACGGGCCUCAAGCCCAGGGCUGGAAUGGGGUACAGCGAAUUCCAGGACUUCCAGCAGAGCCGCAUGUUCGCGGCUGGUGGCCUGCCCCUCAGCGCGGACGUCGCCAGCCCGGAGGCGCUCCCGCCGAUGCUGCGCGACGCGGUGGCGAAGGCGCUCACGAUGCGCACCUGCGUGCACCUAGGAGUGCCAGUGGACGUCCAGGAAGCCGAGUGCCCAGUGCCCGUCAAGAAGUUCUGCGCGGCAGGUGCCCGCAGCAACAUCUCGUUCCCGGAGACGCACCAGUUCGUCCUGGACAAUGUGGCAACCGAGAUCAAGCUCGCCGCCAAGAGAGGCCACGGCCGCGUCCUGAUCGCCGUUGGCCACCGCUGCGUCGAGGCCGGAGCGCACAUCCUGAAGCUCGCGGAGCGCAUCCACGCGCCCAUUCUCACACGCUUGGAUGCCAAAGGCUGUUGUGACGAGUCUCACCCUCUGGUGUUGGGCGUCAGUGGUGUGCAUGGCAAGCCAGGCCUGGAGAGCGCUGCGUUGCUAAUCGAGACUUCGGAGCUCGUGCUGUCGUUCGGCAACCAUGACGACACAAUCGUCCUGUGCAACAGAGCGGGACUGCAGAUCCGCCCAAUGAUUCAACAAUUCGAGUGCGAUGCAGCUUGCGUGCUCGCCAACGCGCGCUUCCAUGCGCUCCACACCGUCGUGGGCGACACAGCGUGGGCGAUCGACAAGCUUCUCGAGCGCUUGGACGCCAUCGAGCCAGAGCCUUCUCUUGGCUCCGUGGAGGAGUGGAAGCUGGAGCUGGACAAGAGCGGGCUUGACACCGAAGCACCCAUGCACCCGCCGGGCCGUUCGGUGACCGUGCCGAGGACGAAGCGCAGGCCUUCGCGCACCACCUCAGAGAUGCUAUGGGAGGAGAUGCGAGAAGGGCACUGGAAGAAGCUGAAGGACGACGAGGACUGGGCGAAGUUCGGCCGCUACGAGGUGGUCUACAAGGGCGACUUCAAGCACUGUCACCCCGCGGCUGUGCUGCAAGAGAUGUCGCAGCACCUGGGGCCAAACGAUGUGCUGUCGGUGGACACGGGCGACGUGACGCUCUGGGCUGGCCUGUGCGCUGUGCUCACGCAGGGACAGCGCACCCUGUCUUCUGAACGCAUGGGCACCAUGGGUUAUGGCCUCUGUGCUGGCAUCGUGGCCAGCCUGAUACGCGGCGAUACUGGGCGGAGCGUAGUGGUUGCUGGCGACGGCGGCAUCCAGAUGACCAUCAACGAGCUCGGGACAGUGAAGCAGCUCUUCGCGAACUCGCAGACAAAGCACAAGUUGCUUGUCAUCGUGUUCGACAACGAGCGCCUGAGUCGCGUGUAUUUCGGUUUCGAUGGUGCGAUGGGCUGCGAAUUGGGCCCCUCACCAGACUUCGUCGGCGUCGCGAAGGCCUGCGGUGGCGACGGCGCAACGCUCAGCUCACCGCACGAGCUGAAGCGAGCCAUGGAGCUGGCCUUCGCCUCCGAGGGCCUGUUCCUGCUGCACGUGCUGGUGGACCCUUCAGUGAAGGCGGACAUGGCCACCUUCAAAGACAAGUCCACCAACAUGGCGAACAGCGGCUGA